AGUACUUUUGACUUUGUUGAUUUAUAUUAAAAUGAUAAAAUGAAUAUUAACGUUUUGUUUAGAAAUGUGCGAAAUUACAGUAAUUUAAAUUUGGGUAAAUUUAAUCGUUCAAUAACAAAUCAUUUCUUGUGUAAACAUGCAAGUUUUUGUACUAAGCAGUCUUCAUAUUUUUUAAAUAACAAACACUCAAAUUCAGGCCUUAAUCAAAGAAGAUGGUAUUCAGAUGAUCCAAGUUCUCCCUCAAACAAAUUACCUCCACUACUGCCCGACUCUCCCAUAUUUGUUUGGCCUUCUUUAUUUAAAACUAUCAGAAAUUUUAUUCUUGCUACCUUUAUCAUUAAGCCCUAUUUAGAUCAAGAAUUUAAUCUUCCAGAUUUUGUAAGUGCUUCUAAGAAAGCAGUGGAGGUAGUAUCACAGAAACUAUCUGAAGGUGAUAUUAAGUCAUUAGAAGGUCUAGUAACAAAUGACAUUAUCUCUAGUCUACAAAAAGCAAUAUCUAUGAUGUCCAUGAGUCAAAGAGAGCAGAUAGCAACUAGUGUAGAUGACAUAUAUUUUUCAUUUCCAUAUCAGGUUGGUGUUAUAUUUAACGAAGAAGAGGGCAAAGAACAAAAAAGGUUCGUUGAAAUAACCAUGGUUUAUCAUUCUUUGAAAGGUUUGUCCGGUAUGAGAUCUAGAGGUGAAGAACCUCCCUUAAAUAUGGGAAUGCUACCUGAAUAUCAACAAAGAAUUUCGAUUUGCAACUAUAGAUUUAUCAGAGAAUUUACAAAAGGGGUUGAAGGAGAUUGGACCGUAAAUUUACUAAAUCACUUUAAGCCUAUUGAUGAGAAAAAAUAAAGUUUGUUUUGUAAUUUGACUGAUAAUAUAAGAAAAUUAGU